AUGAGCUACAGUAAAACCGCUAUAUUAUCGGUCUACGACAAGACCGGCUUAUUGGACUUGGCUAAGGGCCUUGUGGCCGCUAACGUCAGGAUCCUCGCGUCUGGUGGAACCGCCAAAUUGGUGAGAGAAGCUGGUUUCCCUGUCGAUGAUGUUUCCUCCAUCACCCACGCUCCAGAAAUGUUAGGGGGUAGGGUCAAGACCUUACACCCAGCCAUUCACGGAGGAAUCUUGGCCCGGGAUUUGGAAAGCGACGAACACGACCUCAAGUUGCAGGGGAUCGAAAAGGUUGAUUUUGUCGUUUGUAACUUGUAUCCCUUCAAGGAGACCGUUUCUAAGGUGGCGGUUACCAUUGAAGAAGCAGUCGAAGAAAUUGACAUUGGUGGAGUCACCCUCUUGAGAGCCGCUGCCAAGAACCACAAGCGUGUCACCAUCUUAUCGGAUGCCAGUGACUAUGCUGGGUUUUUACAAGAGUUGAAGUCGGGAGAGAUCUCUGCUGAAACUAGAAACAGAUUGGCUUUAAAGGCAUUUGAGCACACCGCCGACUACGAUGUGGCCAUCUCCGACUUCUUCAGAAAGCAGUACUCGGAAAACGUCAGCCAAUUGCCCUUGAGAUACGGGGCCAAUCCUCACCAGAAGCCAGCCCAAGCGUUUGUCAGCCAGGGCGACUUGCCAUUCAAGGUCUUGGCUGGGUCUCCCGGGUAUAUCAACUUGUUGGACGCAUUGAACUCAUGGCCCUUGGUCAAGGAGUUGUCUGCUUCGUUGAAUUUACCGGCCGCUGCUUCGUUUAAACAUGUUUCUCCUGCUGGGGCCGCUGUAGGGUUGCCAUUGAGCGAUGUUGAGAAGAAAAUUUACUUUGUCGAAGACAUCGAGAACUUGUCUCCAUUGGCCAACGCCUACGCCAGGGCCAGAGGCGCCGACAGAAUGUCAUCGUUUGGUGAUUUUAUUGCCUUGUCCAACAUUGUCGACUUACCUACUGCUCAGAUCAUCUCCAAGGAAGUCAGUGACGGGGUGAUUGCUCCUGGCUAUGAGAAGGAGGCACUUGCCAUCUUGAAGAAGAAGAAGGGCGGAAAGUACUGUAUUUUGCAGAUUGACCCCAACUUCACUCCUGAUACUUUGGAGUCCAGACAGGUGUUCGGAAUCACUUUACAACAAAAGAGAAACGAUGCGAUCAUUAAGGGCUCAUCGUUCAAGGAAAUCGUGUCGACUAACAAGGAAUUGACCGAACAGGGAAUUGUGGACUUGACGGUGGCCACCAUUGCCUUAAAGUACACUCAGUCCAAUUCCGUAUGUUAUGCCAAAAAUGGAAUGGUGAUUGGUUUGGGUGCUGGCCAGCAAUCCAGAAUUCACUGCACCAGAUUGGCUGGUGACAAGGCCGACAACUGGUGGUUGAGACAACAUCCUAGAGUGUUGGCAUUCAAAUGGGCCAAGGGUGUCAAAAGACCUGAAAAGUCCAAUGCCAUUGAUUUAUUUGUCACUGGUCAAAUCCCAUCCACCGAGCCCGAGAAAAGUGAUUACGAGUCCAAGUUCGCCGAGUUGCCCGAACCUUUGACGGCUGAAGAGAAACAAGAUUGGAUCAACAAGAACAAGAAUGUGGCAUUAUCUUCGGACGCAUUUUUCCCAUUCCCAGACAACGUUUACAGAGCCGCCAGAUCCGGGGUCAAAUUUGUGGCCGCUCCUUCUGGGUCUGUCAUGGACAAGGCUGUGUUUGCCGCCGCCGACUCCCAAGACAUUGUCUACGUCGAAAAUCCUAUCCGUUUAUUCCAUCAUUAG